GAUUUGUUUCAUACUUAUUGCAAGUAUCACUUAGAACAGAAAUGAUUUGUUUCGUACCUUAUUGCCAUUCCUACACGUGUAGAUUUGAGUAUUAUUUAUGUUUGUAUUUUAUGUUUCGAUAGCAGCUACAUUUUAUAUUUUACUGAAUAUUUAUAAUUAUGACUUUUUCUAUGAUUCGCUUAGAACGGGUUGAAGGAACACCUUGAUUUAUAGUUGGCAGCACAUGUUUGUAACUUGGUGUGAAAGUGGAAUGAUGCGAAUGAGUGUUGAAUGAGUGUUGAAUGAGUGUUGAAUAAAUAAAAAGGAAGCCAGGAGAGGAAGUAUUACGCGGAUGUCUGGUAUUUAUUGUAAAAAUUGAGAUAUUCGGAAAUAAGAGUAAUAUUUCCUGCGCCCUCCUGUCGAAGUUACCAGGAGCUCAUGGAAAUCUUUCGAAAUUGCAAAAUAUACGAAAAAGUGCUUAAAAUAUUCGGAAAUUGUAAUUGUGUAAUCUGGUGAAAGAAGCUUCUCGCGCCUCAAACUAAAGAAGAGUUACCUGAGGUCAACAAUUCUCAAAGAUAGAUUGAAACAUUUUGGCAAUUCUUGCUAUUGAGGAAACAGAAUUAUUAUGAUAUACUGAAUGACUUCGCUACACGCAAGGCUAGUAAAUAAGUAAAGGUAAACAUAGUAAUCUGAAUACAAUAAACAACGUACAUUGGUGGCAGAGAGGUUAAGCACUUGGGUUCGAAUCUCGCUGGGAUUUUUCAUCACCUGCCCAAAGAUCGCGAGGUCUGAAAGCUUGAACAAAAAUUGGGAAGAUUUUGACAGAAAAUAAAAACAACAACUGCAGAACUAGUUAGGUCAUGAACAUAUUCUGAAACAUGCGUUCAUAUUUUCUGGCAUUUCCUGGGCGGCAAAUAUCUCGCUGCAUUCGUCAAUGGAUCCAGUGGGCCACGAUUCUGGCAGUUCUUCUGACCAUCGUUGCUCUUGUGAGGCCAUUGAGGAACGGCCUUGGCUUUUACUUCCUGCCAGGAGCAUGGAGACCACUCAGCACCCUACAGAUACUGAGAAUGUACGUGAUAGAUCCUAGUUACCCAGUUGAGGAGACUCCCGUUCAAUGCCACUCUGUGGAGAGAAUUAUCAAUGGCCUUAAUCUUGACCAGCUGACCACUGAAAGUUUCCAGACGAAGGUCUAUGACGAUACCUACUUCCAGACUUUGAAGUCCCACAUGGACUUGUACGGGACAUCUUUACAAGAUCUGUCCAACCUAGACUCCAGUCUUUCUAGGUUUAGAAAUUCCAUGACGGGCUUCUGGCAGCACCAGAUGCUACUAACUUUCAAAGUGUUUCACACGGCCAUGUCUGCGUUCAAUCUGUCUUACUUCCUGGUGGAAGGAAGUAUGCUGGGAGCUUACCGCCAUCAUGGUUUUAUUCCAUGGGAUGAUGAUAUGGAUGUAUGUAUGAAUGCUUCUGAUUGGCUCAAAGUAAAACAGAUCCUUCACUGUAUCCCAGGCUUUGAUGUGCAUGCAUCCAACAAUAUGAUCUUCAAGUUUUUCUGGCAGCAAUCGUCGCUUUGGAAGAACGAGCCCUUUAUUCGCUUUCCAUUCAUCGACAUUUUCUUCUUCCACGAAGACGCUGAUUUCCUAUGGGCCAUGACCUCGUUCAAGAAGAAUAGAAUCGUCCUGAAGAAAUCUGACGUCUUCCCGCUCGAACACCGGCCCUUCGAGCACGUUCUGGCGCCAGUGCCGAGACGUCUGGAAGAGAUCUGCAGAACUGUGUACUCUCCAGAAGUCUGCGUGAGCCGAGACUUUGACCACGCAUCAAGACAUUUUAUUCCAUUCUAUCGCGUGGAUCACGUGGAUUGUCGUCGGCUGCAUAGGAUUUAUCCUUUUGUCUUUAGACAUAGUGCAUUCAUUCAGAACAGACAGGCUCAAGUUGAAUACAGGAAGAUAGGCCGAGUAGUUAUAAGUAAUUUUUCCAUCUACCAUUAAUGAACCAUAUUUUUUUUUAUUUCAUUGACAUGACAGUUCUUCCUAAUUAUUGAAUGACUUUCUGGUCGUUUGGUAUGCGCUCUGGACUGUUGUCUCAAAUGUGACUGAAUGACUAUGUCCAAUCGUCAAAGUUUAACCUGACGUGUCCCAGAAUCAUUCGUCACUGGCCGUUUUCAAUAUACAACUGUUCACUUGCAUUAUCUUCUGAUUUCCAAUAUGGUUGAAUCGAACUAUUGACCUAGAUGCCCCGGUUUCCAAAAAAGAAACCUAGAAUACCCAAGGCCGAUCAUUCCUUGCGCCCUCAAAAUUCUGUAAUAUUCCCAACAUUGUGAGAGGAAUAACCAGAAUAACCAUUUUGGAGCCUCCGUAUACUGUGCUGCCAGUCUCUGCUCCCUGGAACAUGCAGACGUUAGUUUCCCAGGUUGUCAUUCUGCCCUUUUUGCGUCAACGACCCCAAAACACUAUGGUACAACUGCCAGGUUCCUUUUGUCCAAGUAUUUCGCCAUCUUGAGUUUUCUUUGACUCGACUCUGUCUUUCGACCCAAGGCCGACUGCGUGCGAAAGUUUAAAAUGCCGACCUUCCCCCCCCCCCCUUUUUUUUUUAUUCUAGAAGAAGCUAAACACUAAACAAAGAUGUGCCCUUAGAUUCCAAUACAUUCUUGAAGACCAUUUUUUCCCUUUCCUAUUCGCAGCGCUGGUAUAUCCCACAACUAUGAAUCAUGCACUAGGAACUAUUUCUUAGUUACGUGCCUUCAGACAUCUGACAUCUUGGUUCCUUGUGAUCAACAUUUAAAACUGAUCUAGUUCUGGCUACUCGCCUAUGCUCUUGUAUUUGUGACGAUUUAUAAUUUAUAUUUUAUAUUAUAAUAUGUUUAUAUAUUAUAAUUCAUAACGGAUGAGCUGAGACGGGUAUAUUGCAAUAAACUGUGUAUAAUCUAUAUACAAUUCAUCAAUAAACUUGACUCCUCUACAGUGUU